UCUAGCUAGCUAGCUAAUUCGAUCUUUAACAAUAUUCUGAUCCAUAAAUAUUUGUAAUCAAUCAAUUGAUCAUUAUGGGUUUGAGAGACAUUGGAGCUUCAUUGCCACCUGGGUUCAGAUUUUACCCUAGUGAUGAGGAAUUGGUAUGCCAUUAUCUAUUCAAGAAGAUUGCAAAUGAAGAUGUUUUGAAGGGUACUCUUGUCGAGAUUGAUCUGCAUACUUGUGAACCAUGGCAGCUCCCAGAUGUGGCGAAGUUGAAUGCAAACGAGUGGUACUUCUUCAGCUUCCGCGAUAGGAAAUACUCGACCGGGUACCGAACAAACCGGGCAACAACUUGUGGGUACUGGAAAGCAACAGGAAAGGAUCGGGUUGUACAUGAUCCGAGGACAAAGGGUAUGGUGGGAAUGAGAAAGACAUUGGUGUUCUACCAGAAUAGAGCUCCUAAUGGCAUCAAGACCGGUUGGAUCAUGCACGAAUUUCGUCUUGAGACCCCUCACAUGCCUCCUAAGGAGGAUUGGGUGCUAUGUAGAGUGUUCCACAAGAGUAAAGGAGAAAGUAGUAACAACAAUGACGAUAAUCAACCAAACAUGUUUGAAACCUCAGUUGGUGCUACUUCCUCAACUUUGGAUUCUUCUAUAUUCAACCUAGAUUUUCCAACCCCGCCUCAUCACCGUCUAAACCAAAGGUUCCUAAACUUGCCCGAGGCAAACCCUAGUUUUCCCCACUUGUCUCACGACUUAAUGAGUAACGUUGGAAUUUGCCAGACAACCUCUAGGCGCGAUCACGACGAUUACGGCUUCUUGUUUGAUGUGAACUUUGGAGAAGGCAUCGUGCCCCAAAAUCUUGGGGAAAUAAGAUUUGAUAACGGUAAUAUUGAUAGCAGCAGUAUGGUUUUCCUCUAGAUCUUGAGUGUCUUCGUGAAUGAUAAUUAAUAUUAAUAGGGUUGGUUUUUAAUUAAAUAU